AUGCCUCAGUUACUGCGAAACAUUAAUGGGAUCAUCGAAGCCUUUGGGCGAUACGCCAGGAUGGAGGGCAACUGCAAAAUGCUCACCCGGGGGGAGCUGAAAAGGCUCUUGGAGCAUGAGUUUGCUGAUGUCAUUGUGAAACCCCAUGAUCCUGCCACUGUGGAUGAAGUCCUGUGCCUGCUAGAUGAAGAUGACACAGGGACUGUGGAGUUCAAGGAAUUCCUGGUCCUGGUGUUUAAAGUCGCCCAAGCCUGUUUCAAGACACUGAGCGAGAGUCCUGAGGGGGCUUGUGGAUCUCAAGAGUCUGGAAUUUGCCCUUCUGGGGACUCACAAGAGCUGGGGGAAGGACAGAACAGGAGAACUGAGGUGGAGCUGGCUAUGGAAGGACAGCAUUGUGAGGAGAGCCAACAUAGACAGAGCACACAAGCCUCCAGAGGACAGGUAGGGGCCAGGGCUCAGACCCAUGGUCAGGAUAUUGGCCAGGAUAGGCAGUCUGAGUCUCAGAGACAAGAGAGAGAGAGUUGGCAGACACAAGCUGGGGAAUGUACACAGCAGACCCAGAGAGUGGGAGAAGACAAGAGCCACCAGACCAGAGAGAGGGAGUCAGAGAGACAGUCGCAGGCCAGGGAACAGGAUAGAGCCCACCAGACAAGUGAAACAGUGACUGGAACUGGAACUCAGACCCAGACAGAUACCACCCAGACUAUGGAGGAAGACAGGAGCAGUCAGAUAGGAAGCCCUGGUACCCAGCCACAGGAGUCCACCCAGACCAGAGGGACUGAGGUCCAGGGUCAAGAUAGGAGUCAGACAAGCCAGAUAGUGGCAAGAGAACAUGUUCAGACACCAGGAGGUACAAGCCAGAUAGUGGCAAGAGAACAUGUUCAGACAUCAGGAGGUGUCACCCAGACCACAGAGCAGGACAGGAGUGGUCACAUAGGAAGCCCUGGCACCCAGCCACAGGAGUCCACCCAUGGCCAGACCAGAGGGACUGAGGUCCAGGGUCAAGAUAGGAGCCAGACAAGCCAAGUGGUGACAGGAGGGCACAUUCAAACACAGGCAGGAUCACAAACCCAGACACACACCCAGACCAUGGAGCAGGGCAAGAGCCAGUCUGCAAGGCACACAGGGAAUAGAGAUGAGGGACAGAUUCAAAGGCAGUCAGACAGUGGUCAAAGAUGGACACAAGUAAGCCACUAUGAAGCAGGAGAGGCAGAGAUGGGAGGACAGGCCCAGGCUGGGGCAAGCACUCUGACAGGGAGACAGGACCGGAGCAGCACUCAACCAAGGUGUAGUGUGACAGGCGGACAGGGAGAGAGCGAAUCCACUGUGGUUACCCAAGAGUGGGUGGAUGACCACACAAGGGAUACAGCAAUCCCAAGGCAGGACCAGGGUAGCCUGCAUUCUGGCAUGCUUUCAGCCCAGGGCCCAGACACAGCCCAACCAGAAGGAAAGCGAGGCCUCACAGCCAGGGGGCUGUAUUCCUACUUCAAAAGCAAUAAGCCAUGA